UGGCGGCAAUAACAAUGCGAUGGACGAUUCGGCUUCCAAUCUAAGCACCAGCAUGUGCGACGUGGAGGAGCAGGACUUAUCUGCAGCGCUGUUGAAUAACAACGUGAGUUUCAGCAGCACAAUGGUGACAUCAAGCGCGGAUUUGUCGUUCAGUUUAACCGAGGCGGAGAUAUGCAAACUGAAAAAAAAAUUUGAUGCUAGCACCAGGCCCAAUGAGGACAUGGAUGUGUCCAUUAACGUGGAGGAGAUCAGCGUGCAGGAGGAAAGCAGCAUUCAAGAGAAGAGCAGCAUGCAUAAGGAGAUCAGCGUGCAAGAGAGCAGCAUUCAAGAGAAGAGCAGCGUGCAGGAGGAAACCACGCUGGAAGAAGACACAAGUAUGCAGGAGACCACACUAAAUGAAGAAUCCACUUUAGAGGAGAGUGAAUCCGUCAUAAACCUCGAAGACACUAUAGACGAACCUGAAAUUCAGUCGAUUGUGCCGGAAAGCAAUCAAUUGAUUGUGUUGGACGUUAACAAGCCGGUUGUAGCCAACGAAAACGAGCCGUUUGUGACAGAAAAAGCUACAGAGAUUGUGGCAGUGGAAGCUGAAGAGAUUGCUCCACUGGAGUAUUUCAAGAAUAAACUUAUAGAGGUAGGGCGGCGUUGCUGGAAAUCCUCAGCCGCGGCUCAGCAUUACACUAAAGGCUGCUAUUGGUCGCCCGAUGGCACCUGCCUGCUAGUUCCCAUACAUUUGGAUGGAAUGCACGUCAUGGAACUGCCCCCGGACCUGUACACCGCCACAACAGUGGCGCAGGAGCGCGGCCUCACUAAUCUUGUGCCUGCAGUGCACGUGCCCGAAGGUGGCACUGUCUAUGACUGCGUGUGGUAUCCGCAUAUGAAUAGCCAGGAACCAGAUAGCUGUUUCUGGCUCGCCACACGGCAACACGAACCCAUUCACAUGUGGGAUGCCUUCGAUGGGAAGCUGCGCUGCAGUUACAGUGGCUAUGAUGCCGUGGACGAAGUAAUGGCCGCCAUAUCCUUGGCUUUCUCCCACGAUGGCCAGCAGAUCUAUGCGGGCUAUAAGCGAUGCAUUAAAAUCUUCGACACAAGCCGUCCUGGCCGCCUCUGUGACGAUUAUCCAGUAAAGUUUGCCAUCUCAUGCAUUGCGCAGACUACGGAGCACCACAACACCUUGACUUGCGGCAACUGGCAUGGCUAUAUCCAACACUUUGACCUCCGUUGCAGCCCCAAGCAGGGACCGCUCUUUACGCUGGGUGGCCACAAGGGAGGGAUUACCCAACUAAAGUACGCCGAAGGUUCUGCGGGAUGGCAGCUGUUCAGUGGCGCUCGAAAAUGCCAAAAGCUGCUGCAGUGGGACAUGAGGAACUACAAGAAGCCCUUGGAAGAGUACCAGCGCAAUGUGGAGACCAAUCAGCGCAUACAAUUCGAUCUGACGCCGGACCUGGGAUGGCUGGCCAGCGGCGAUACGCAGGGUGCUCUGAACGUCUGGGAUAUGAACGGCGAUGGCGAAGUAUCUGCUCUUCCACUCCACAACGACUGCUGCAAUGGAGCUAGUUUCCACCCGACGCUUCCAAUCCUGGCCUCUAGCUCGGGGCAAUAUCAUUUCAUUGGCAGCGAUGGUCGUGUCAAUGACAGCGUUCUGGAUUGCACAGGAGCAGUGGAGCAAGAGCAGUCGAAGGAGAAGCCACAAGAAGUGAUCUAUGAGAAUGCCGUGGUGAUGUGGUGGUGCGGCCAAGGUCUGUGAUUGGUCAGUGCCCCAGAAUGUUUUUAAUAAAUUGAGCUAAUAUUUAAAAAAGCCGUCUUUAUUCUUG